CGCGCCAGGGAUGAAAGCAGGUUCCCCGCACCGCGAGGCACUUGCGUCUUGAAGAGUCGAGAGUCGAGACUGCGUAGCAACGACGGUACAGAAGGGCGCACGCUUAGGCGCUGCUUCAAGCAUCGAGUCGAGCUCUAUCUUCAAGUGGCCUGCCUGCCUGCCUGCCUUGUGCCAAACACUAAAUCAAGCGACGACCACUCCAUUCGUACGCACACCACACGACAAGCGGCACAAGGCAAGAUGAUCCUCCCAGCACGCUCUCUCAUUCGCUCAGCGACGGCUGCGGCUUCGGCCAGCAGCAGCAGCUCUCUUGCGGCUGCUUCCAGGCCCAGAUUUUUCUCCGCUACGGCUUCUGCCAGCAAGAUCAUUGCUAGCUCUCCUUUGCGCGCCAAGGAGGCUGCUACUCCUCUCGAUGCUGCCAAGGGCUAUCCCGUCAUUGACCACGAGUACGAUGCCAUUGUUGUUGGAGCUGGUGGAUCCGGUCUGCGUGCUGCUUUCGGUCUCGCAGAGGGCGGUCUCAACACUGCUUGCAUCACCAAAUUGUUCCCCACUCGAUCACAUACAGUCGCAGCGCAGGGUGGUAUUAACGCUGCUCUCGGCAACAUGACGGAGGAUGAUUGGAGGUGGCACAUGUAUGACACUGUCAAGGGCAGUGACUGGCUGGGUGAUCAAGAUGCUAUCCACUACAUGUGUCGCGAAGCGCCACGAACCGUCAUCGAGCUCGAGAACUACGGUCUUCCAUUCUCUCGUACCAAGGAGGGCAAAAUUUACCAGCGUGCCUUUGGUGGUCAAUCUCUCAAAUUCGGCAAGGGUGGUCAAGCAUACAGAUGCGCUGCUGCUGCUGAUCGAACCGGGCACGCCAUGCUUCACACCCUUUAUGGACAGUCUUUGCGCCACAACACCAACUUCUUUAUCGAAUACUUUGCCCUUGACCUCAUCAUGAACGAGGAGGGCGAAUGCGUUGGUGUUCUGGCCCUCAACAUGGAGGAUGGUACCCUGCACCGCUUCCGCUCGCACAAGACUGUCCUUGCGACGGGCGGUUACGGAAAGGCGUACUUCUCUGCCACCUCCGCCCACACUUGCACAGGUGAUGGUAUGGCCAUGGUGUCCCGCGCUGGUCUGCCUCUCCAAGAUCUUGAGUUCGUCCAAUUCCACCCUACCGGAAUUUAUGGCGCUGGGUGCUUGAUCACGGAAGGCUCCCGUGGAGAGGGAGGCUACUUGCUCAAUUCGGAAGGUGAACGCUUCAUGGAGCGUUACGCGCCAACAGCAAAGGACCUGGCCUCUCGUGAUGUCGUGUCUCGCUCCAUGACCAUCGAGAUUCGCGAGGGCCGUGGUGUUGGACCCGACAAGGACCACAUCUACCUCCAACUCUCUCACCUGCCACCUGAAGUCCUCCACGAGCGUCUGCCCGGUAUCAGUGAGACGGCCAGCAUUUUCGCAGGUGUCGAUGUGACGAAGGAGCCCAUUCCCGUGCUGCCGACUGUGCACUACAACAUGGGUGGCAUUCCUACCAAGUACACCGGAGAGGUCCUUCGUCAAACCGCUGAUGGAAAGGACGAGGUGGUCCCUGGCCUUUACGCUGCAGGAGAGGCCGCUUGCGUGUCCGUUCACGGCGCGAACCGUCUCGGUGCCAACUCUUUGCUCGACAUUGUCGUCUUUGGCAGAGCUUGCGCCAACCAUAUCAAAGAGAAUUUGCAACCCGGCAAGCCUCACAAGCCUUUGGCCGAGAACACUGGAGCUUUCUCCAUCAACAAUCUCGACUGGGUGAGAAACUCGAACGGCAAGCUUCCAGUUGCCAACUUGCGAUUGGAGAUGCAAAAGACGAUGCAGAGCGACGCUGCCGUCUUCCGUGAGCAAGGCAGCCUCGACGAGGGAGUGAGAAAGAUGAGGGACGCUCACAAGAAGUGGCACGACAUCAAGGUUUCGGACAGGAGCAUGAUCUGGAACACUGACUUGGUCGAAGGUCUGGAACUGCAAAACAUGCUCACUUGCGCAGAGCAAACGGUCGUUUCCGCUGCUGCUCGUAAGGAGAGUCGUGGUGCCCACGCUAGAAUGGACUUUGAGGAGAGAGACGAUGUCAACUGGAUGAAGCACAGUCUGUCUUGGCAGGCCGAUGCGGAUGACAACGUUAGGCUGAACUACCGUGAGGUUGUCAGCACCACCCUGGAUGAGAACGAGUGCAAAGCUGUGCCGCCUUUCAAGCGAAGCUACUAAGCCCAUCGUUGCAGCGCACCCUCAAAAGGUUUCAUGGGUUCCGUCGCAUGCGCAUUUCGCCAUAGACGCUUUCGGGGACAGCCAAUCCUGGGCACGCCCUCUCCUCCCAUCGACCCUUACAUUUACCUGUCUUUGACCUCACCACGCUACGCAUUCGAUCUGUGAAUUUGCAUUUCGUCAUUGUUCGAAGUAUCGAGCGCGCGUGCUCCGGCCAUUAGAAGGGUAUGCAACAUACGUUGCCCAAUGUAGACUGAUAUGAAUUGCUGCUAUGGGUGAUUGUGAUCAUUUACGGCCAGGCAGACGACCUUCCAUGCGCACGCCCAUAUUUG